AUGAGUGCAGAGUUUUAUGUUGCAGAUAAGGCCUCAGUCCCAAUACUUGGUCUACAGUCAUGCCUUGACCUUGAACUAAUAGAGUUAGUUUACUCCGUUGAUCGAGACAUACCGCCAGACAUGUCUAUAGGGUACACCGAAACUACCCUCGAUAAAUCGAACGUAUUCACCAACUACAAAGACGUUUUUGAAGGAAUUGGACUUUUUCCAGGUGAGUGUACUAUCCAUAUUGACCCAAACGCGCAGCCAGUUGUCCAUCCACUGCGUAAGGUGCCCGUGGCACUUCGUGACAAACUUAAAUGCGAGUUAGACCGGAUGGAAAAGUCAGACAUUAUAACUAGAGUAAAUGAACCGACAAAGUGGGUCAAUUCGCUGGUGGUGGUAGAAAAAUCGUCUGAAAAGUUACGCGUUUGUUUGGACCCCCAAGAUCUGAACAGAGCCAUAAACCGUCCACAUUAUCCCAUGAGAACUCUCGGGGAAGUUCCUCCCGACCUAAACGGUGCUAGUUACUUUACAAAGCUUGACGCACGCUCUGGCUAUUGGGCUUUAAAGCUAGAUCACAAGUCUUCGUUACUCACGACAUUUAACACUCCGUAUGGGAGGUAUUGUUUCCUGCGCAUGCCAUUUGGAAUUAGAUCGGCUCAAGAUGAAUUUCAACGCGUCAUUGAUGAAAGUUUUGAAGGACUUCGUGGAGUGUCAACCAUUGUGGAUGACAUACUCGUAUACGGCAAAACUCGCCAUGAGCACGACUCGAACCUACGAGCUGUUUUGAACCGUUGA